AUGCAACGGGUUUGGCAAUACGCUCUUCAAGUUGUGAUUUUGAUUGUACUCUCAAUUGUCAUCCGGAAGGUGGAGAGCCGAUUUACCGUGGCUAUCCGAAAUGCCGAGGGGUAUAGGCCUCCAUCGAAGACCCCUCCCGUGAAGGGGAGCUGCAACGAUCUCUCCAGGGCCAGGGAGCUCCACGCCGCAUUCCAGGAGCUCGCCACGGCCGCCGCCACUGACACCUUCGUGCCCAACAAGAUCAUCGAGAUGUAUGGGCGCUGCGGGAGCGUGCGCGAGGCGCGAGCGAUCUUCGACGCCAUGCCCUGCAAGGAUGCCUUCUCGUGGGUGCUGAUGAUGCGCGCCUACGCUCGGCACGGGGAUCUCGAUGGCGCGCAAGCCGUGUUUGUGUCGAUGCCCUGCAAGAAUCUUGUGUCGUGGACAGCCAUGGCCGAGGAGAUCUUCCACGAGAUGCCGGAGAGAGAUCUGGCAUCCUGGAAUGCUCUGUUCGCGGCAUACACCCACGGUGAGGAUCUACAAAGAUUUGUUUCGUUGUUUCACGCAGCUCCACUGCGGGAUCUUGAGACCUGGACGUCGAUGAUCGCCGCAUUUGCUGCCGAUGGAGAUUCUCGCGGAUCCAAGCACACAUUCGAUGGAAUGCCCGAGUGGGAUCUCGUCGCCUGGAAUGCAAUGCUAGCUGCGUACGCCGGGAAUGGAGAGAUCAAAGAGGCCGAGAAGAUCUUCGCUGCCAUGCCCCAUAGAAACUUGAUAUCUUACAACACUAUGCUGGGUGGGUAUUGCAAAACAGGGCUCGUCACAAGCGCAAAGCGUGCGUUUGAUGCUAUGCCACAAUGGAACACAGUAAGCUGGACGGCGAUCCUCACAGCAUAUGCCACGAAAGGGCAUCUAAGCAACGCAAGGUAUAUCCACAGGGAGAUGCCAGAAACCAGCAUGGCAACGUGGAAUGCCAUGCUGGCCGGGUGUGUCUCCGCCGGCGACAUUGACAGGGCUGGUCGGUUGUUCCACGACAUGCCGGCUUGGGACACGCUGACGUGGAAUGUCAUGCUGGGCGGCUAUGCCCAGAUUGGGCAUGUCUUCCAGGCCAAAUCUUUGUUUGAAUCCAUGCCGUGGCCCAAUGUGGUGUCGUGGACGCAGAUGAUCUCCAUGUACGGGGAGUACGGUUUUGUAGAUUUUGCGAAGGAUACGUUUGAUAGGAUGCCAAGUCGAGAUUUAAUUUCGUGGACGUGUAUGCUUUCUUCGUAUGCCCGAAACGGGCAUAUCAAACAAGCGUUUGACGUCUUCCAGAGCAUGCCACACAAGGAUUUAGCGUCAACAAACGCAGUCAUAGCCGCGUUUUUUGACAAUGGGUGUCUUAGUCGGGCAAUUGCAAUGGUGGACAAUAUGGUGGAAAAGAAUCUCGUGACUUGGAACACGAUGUUGGUGGGCUAUGCACAAAAUGGGCAUUUUGAGGAAGCUAAGUGUUUGUUUGAUGAAAUGCCCGAGUGGGAUGACUGCUCGUUUAACUCGCUGUUGGCGGCCUAUGCCCAGUUUGGGCAUCUGGACGAGACAAAGAGGGUGUUUGAUUCGUUGCCUCACAAGGAUCUCUUCUCCGCUACCACCCUCGUAUGGGCAUAUGCCUCAAAUGGACACCUCGAAGAAUCUAAGAUCCUGUUUCACAGAAUGGCCUUCCACGAUACAGUUUCAUGGAAUUGCAUCAUGGCAGCACACUCGCAAAACGGCGACUUGGAAGGCGCGGAGAGGAUCUUCUCGCAAAUGCCGGAGCACGGAGCUUCAUCGUGGAGCGGGAUCAUCAGCUCACACUGCUGCAACGGCGGCGAUUCCAGCUGCAAAGUUGUAGCGAUGUUCCAUCGGAUGAAGAUGGUCGCACUGCCAACCAAGAUCUGCUUCGUCCCGGUUCUCAUAGCUUACUCCCACCAAGCCAAAGUCGACGCUGGCUUGAGCUGCUUCGUCUCAAUGAGCGGGGACUUUGGCCUCGAGCCCGUCAAGCAGCACUACUGCUGCGUCGUGCACUUGCUCGCCAGCGCCGGAUACCUGCGAGAUGCCGAGGAUGUUGUCGAGGCCAUGCCGUUCGUCCCUGACGCGGUGGAGCUUAUGUGCCUGCUCGACGCUUGCCGGGGCCAGGGCGAGAGAGAAAGAGCCGCUCGAGUUGCCGAGCAGCUGGUGAAUCUAGAUCCAAAACACGGAGCAAGUUAUGUGAUUCUAGCAAACAUCUCUCUUGCUUACCUCGAAGGAGCUAGUGUCGUUGCUUUCUUGCUUGAAAUUCCCGGUGGUGCGCUUGUCACAGACGAUCUCGUCCUGGAACCUGGUGAUCGGGAGCUUGUGCUCGAACAUCCCGACCUGGAAGCUUACGUGAGUGCCAUCGGCGAGCUCCACGCUCGAGACUGGCAGCCAGUGGAAGCUCUUCCUAAUCCACACCCCGUACAUGUCGUACAUCUUGCCGUGGCCAAAGCUCCCGCUGAUUCGAGAAUCGAAGAACAGGCCCUGCUCGUCCAGCUCCUUGGACUGGCACACAUCGCGCAGCUCCACCAGGAAAGUGCCAUUCGUGCGCACCUCGAAUUUCUACAGCAAAGCCGGCGAUUGAGCGAGAGGGAAAUUCUGGAAAAUUUUCGCUUUUGCUCACCUCGAUCCCUGCCGUCGGGAACAAUCCCGCAGGGAGGCCAUUGGUGCUGA